AUGGUUGGAGAUGGUGGAAAGAAGCUUCCUCCCAAUGCCCGCGUGGGCCUCCAGAGGGACGUCGGGGAGUAUGAGGAGGAUCCAGGCAGGACUGGAGGGGGGUCCGCCGCUUCCCCAGGGGUCACUACAGAGGCAAAGCGAAGCUCCUCCCCUCACGCCCGCCCCCAGACCUGGUUUUUCUCUGGACUGUGUAUCCCCCCGCCCCCCACCCCAAGUUCUGAGGCUGCAGCCCGCCACGCCCCCCUACGGACUCUUGCCUGUGAGUCCCAGCCAGUUUUCUUCUUACCUCCUUUGCCCUUACUGGAGGAAGCUGGGGCCGCUGCGGGAGAAACAGGAAGGCUGAAGGCACACGUCUCAGGCUCUGAGCACUCGCUUCCCCCGGGAUGGGGAGUCUUUCCGGAGCCCCCGGACUCGGGUCUCCGGAGGGCUGGAGACUCUCUCCGCGCGGGCGGCAGCAGGGGGCGCUCGCGACCUGGGGACGCGCGGGUCCUCUGGCUCCGCAGGCCCGACGGAGGCCAGGCCGGGCGGGGAGCGUUUGGGGACGGGGGGCUGUUGGGCGGCGGGAGGAGAGAGCAGCGGGCGCCCACGGCCCAGACCCCGCGCUCGGCCUCAGCCCCGUGGCCCGCAGGAAAGCGGUCCCGCCUCGCUGCCAGCCGGCGCGCCAGCUCCCCGCACGCACGAACCGCCACGGCGGCCAUCGCGGCGGCCAUCACCUUCCUCAUCCUCUUCACCGUCUUCGGCAACGCGCUGGUCAUUCUGGCGGUGCUGACCAGCCGCUCGCUGCGCGCCCCGCAAAACCUGUUCCUGGUGUCGCUGGCCGCCGCCGACAUCCUGGUGGCCACGCUGAUCAUCCCUUUCUCGCUGGCCAACGAGCUGCUGGGCUACUGGUACUUCCGGCGCACGUGGUGCGAGGUGUACCUGGCGCUCGACGUGCUGUUCUGCACCUCGUCCAUCGUGCACCUGUGCGCCAUCAGCCUGGACCGCUACUGGGCCGUGAGCCGCGCCCUGGAGUACAACUCCAAGCGCACUCCGCGCCGCAUCAAGUGCGUCAUCCUCACCGUGUGGCUCAUCGCCGCUGCCAUCUCGCUGCCGCCCCUCAUCUACAAGGGCGACCCGGGCCCCCAGCCCCGGGGGCGCCCCCAGUGCAAGCUCAACCAGGAGGCCUGGUACAUCCUGGCCUCCAGCAUCGGGUCUUUCUUUGCUCCCUGCCUCAUCAUGAUCCUCGUCUAUCUGCGCAUCUACCUGAUCGCCAGGCGCAGCCACCGCAGGGGCCCCAGGGCCAGGGGGGGCCCUGGGGAGGGUGAGUCCAAGCAGCCCCCCCUCGGCCGGGGGAGGGCUUUGGCCUCAGCCAGGCUGCCCACUCGGGCCUCUCCUCUGGCUCCUGCCGGAGAGGCCAAGGGACACUCCAAGCCCACGGGGGAGAAGGAGGGAGAGACCCCUGAAGAUGCUGGGACCCCGGCCCUGCCACCCAGCUGGGCCUCCCUUUCCAACUCAGGCCAGGGCCGGAAGGAAGGUGUUCUUGGGGCGUCUCCAGAAGAGGGAGCUGAAGAGGAGGAGGGGGAGGAGGAGGAGGAAGAGUGUGAGCCUCAGGCAGUGCCAGUGUCCCCGGCCUCAGCUUGCAGCCCACCCCUGCAGCAGCCACAGGGCUCCCGGGUGCUGGCCACCCUACGUGGCCAGGUGCUCCUGAACAGGGGCGUGGGGGCUGUGGGUUGGCAGCGGUGGUGUCGACGGGCACAGCUGACCCGGGAGAAGCGGUUCACCUUCGUGCUGGCAGUGGUCAUCGGCGUCUUUGUUCUCUGCUGGUUCCCCUUCUUCUUCACCUACAGCCUGGGUGCCAUCUGCCCGAAGCACUGCAAGGUGCCCCAUGGCCUCUUCCAGUUCUUCUUCUGGAUUGGCUACUGCAACAGCUCGCUCAACCCCGUCAUCUACACCAUCUUCAACCAGGACUUUCGCCGUGCCUUCCGAAGGAUCCUUUGCCGCCAGUGGACCCAGACGGCCUGGUGAGCC